UUAAACACAGGAUCAAGCUAAGUAAAAUUACAAGUUUACAGGUUUUACUGAAAAUAUACUAAGUUCAAUAACAUGGUUUGUGAGAAAUGUGAAAAAAAGUUAGGCAAGGUAAUUACCCCGGAUCCUUGGAAGGCAGGAGCGCGUAAUACCACCGAAGGAGGCGGUCGCAAGAUUAACGAAAAUAAAGCACUGAGUAGUGCAAAACAACGAUAUAAUCCAAUGGCAGUAAAUUUUACACCUUGCCGCAUUUGCAAGCAAAAAAUCCAUCAAGCCGGAUCGCACUAUUGCCAGCAAUGUGCUUACAAAAAAGGAAUUUGUGCUAUGUGCGGUAAAAAGCUUCUGGAUAUAAAAAACUAUCGGCAAUCUUCGGCAUAACUGUAUACAGUAAUCAGGCUUGUAAUAUCAUAACUAGCGUAAUUUAAAUAAAUGUAAACGUUUUAUAAUACUUAUUAUUAUAAAUGCUCUUCAUA